AGAGGGUGGGCCCUCCUGGGUGGCCGCCUGGCUUGGCCUGCGCAUGUCAGCCUGAUCCAGCAGCAGAGUUUGGGGGGCGCCUGGAGUGGGAUUCCUGCUGGUCGCUGAGACCUUGCAACGAUCCGGACCGGAGCAGGGAUCCCGCCCCUGGUCAGGGAGCUGCAGGCGGUGUAGACGGCCCCGACGGGCGGGUGCGCCCUGGGCACGCCCAGCGAGAGGCGCAGCUCCAGGGUGGAUGCAGCCAGAGUUCGGCAUCUCGGUGCAUCCAGGCCGGAUCAUCGCAGCUCCUGGAGGAAGAAGAGGAAGAGGAGGAAAAGCAGGAGGAGGUGAGAGGUGGCUCAGCACCUUCUGGACUCGGACCCGGUCCUAGACCAGCUAGCUGCCUCUCCAAGCUGGGAGGGCUCGGGCGCUGUCCACGGUGCUGAACCGCCGGCCAGGGGCGCAUUCAAAGCAUCCUUGGGCUGCAGCCAGGCCAAUCCAGGGCCCGCGGCCAGGGGGAGCUUGGCACCGAGCUCCCACCAGCUCCCCAGCCUAGGGCAGAGGUCGCCCCUUGCGAGGCAGCUUGUCCCCAAGGCUUUCCUCGAAAGUCUCCAAGAACGCAGCAGCUCAUAACUCGGGGAGCUCAACGUUUGGCACCUUCGAGAUUGCCCACCAGGACGAUGCCCGUCUUCAGCCCAUCGCUGGUCCCGGCUUCCCUCGUGCUCCUCUUUUGGGUGAGCACCUGUGCCCCCGUAUGUGUGGAGGUGCCCUCGGAGACAGAGGCGGUGCAGGGCACCCCCAUGAAGCUGCGCUGCAUCUCAUGCAUGAAGCGGGAGGAGGUGGAGGCCAGCACGGUGGUGGAGUGGUUCUACCGGCCAGAGGGCGGCAAGGACUUCCUCAUCUACGAGUACCGGAAUGGACACCAGGAGGUGGAGAGCCCCUUCCAGGGCCGCCUGCAGUGGAACGGGAGCAAGGACCUGCAGGAUGUGUCCAUCACAGUGCUCAACAUCACCCUCAACGAUUCGGGCAUCUACACCUGCAACGUGUCUCGAGAGUUUGAGUUCGAGGCUCACCGGCCCUUUGUGAAGACCUCGCAGCAGAUCCCACUCCGGGUCACCGAGGAGGCUGGAGAAGAUUUCACCUCUGUGGUCUCCGAGAUUAUGAUGUACAUCCUCCUGGUCUUCCUCACCCUGUGGCUGCUCAUAGAGAUGGUCUAUUGCUACAGAAAGGUUUCAAAGGCUGAAGAAGCAGCCCAGGAAAAUGCGUCUGACUACCUCGCUGUCCCCUCGGAGAACAAAGAGAACUCGGUGGUGCCUGUGGAGGAGUAGAAAAGGAUGUGGCCGAGGCGAUGCACAGGGCACGGGAGGAGACAGAGGUUGAGUGAAGCCUGGGGAUGGUGUGGGGGAGACUUGCAUUUCGGUCCCCACCCUCAGAAUACUUGUUUGAGUUGGGACCUGAGUGUCUGAGCUUGUAGGUAAGGUGAGGCCCUUUGGAAAGAUGAGUCGUGUUGACCAGUUCUGAUAUGGCAUCCUUACCUGUAGAUGAUGCUAAGGCAUGGGCCUCCUCUACUCCCUCCAUUGCCAGGGUCCGAGUCUUCAUCAGGGCUGUGUGGCUGGGCCGGACACUCAAUGAGCUGUUUUCUCAUUAAGGGUUAUGGGCACUGAGCAAAUUCCAUAUUCAGGAGAGUGCUUCCCUUCAUCAGUUCAUCAUUUCUCAUGCACCCUCCACCUCUGUACUUUCACCUCUGACUCCUUCCGGGACACCAUCAGAGUGCCACACACCAUCAGGCUCUACCAGAAGUGAGGUGCCACCAUCAACUAACUCUACAUGGACUCUCCAAAGACCUCUCUCAGCUUCCAAGCAAGCAGCUCCCAGGCCAGCUGCAUUUCUGUUCCCCAGUGACAACUGGGCAGGAUGGGGAAAGGGCACACUUCUCUGCUCCUGGUUGGCCGGAAUCAGCCAUCUGCCAUUGCUCUGAGACCCCUGGACACCCUCAGGAAGCAAGCAGGAGGGAUUGAUUCAGGAGGAAGCAAAGACAUGGCCCAACACAAGAUUCUGCAAAGUCAAUUCUUCGAGUUCUUCCCCAACUUGAUAUGGGCAAUGGAACAAAGCUAGUCCCUCCAAGGCCCCAGGGGCAGUGAGUCCAUGAACCAGACUGAAAUGAGGGCUUGGUAGCCCCUGCUUGGAUCCUGGGUGGUCUCUGAGGAGGGGCUUGAUUUGCUCUCAGUCAAGAACUCAGCUAGGACUCACACAGUCACUCUCUUCCCGCCCCUCUGUGUGGAGAUGGUGUUCUGUCCAGCCAGCGUGGAAUCACCCACAGCUGGAAGGCAUUUCCUUCCUGUGUGGGGACAGGAAAAACUCGAGUUCUUCCCUCAA